CCACUUACCUUUUCAACAAAACAAUGGUGAUGUCUUUACCAGUGAAGACAGCUUAAGGGCACCAUCUCAAACACCUAGCUAUGAUAUGCUUCAGAAGAAUUCAUAGAAUAUGGCUAUUAGGACUCUACGUCAUCUUGAUCGGCUUUAUGAGUAUCCGGCCUUCACUGGCAAGACGCUGCAAGACUCCGACAAGUCACAUCAUGUCCAAAACAGUGGAGUGCCAUCAGGCUGUCAAAGAUAUUGUGCUAGAGUCCUUCACGCUAGAUGUACGAGAGACUGAGACUAGAAACAACUGGGGACAUGACGAGGACAAAACAAUGUCUCGAGUUUUCAAUGGAUUUCUGGGCGAGUGUGUCAUUUACAAAAACAUAACAAUUGAAGUCUGUUGCCCAGGAUACACAGGGGUCAACUGUGAAAAAGCACCAGGAAAUGAACGCAACCAGUUCUGCUAUGCCAGAAAACAUUGCCGAAGCAAGUCAGUGCUCAACGAAUCUUUCGUGGACGCCGAGUCGUGCUGUCGUGAUGCCUCGCGCUCUUGGGGCAUGUCAAAGAACGGUAACUUCUGCCUGGACUGCUCUAAAGUGCAGCCUUCUCCAAUGAGUCAGUCUCAACUGCUAGGCCCAUACCUGACUUGCAGGGCCGGUGCCCUAUGCACUGUUCAGACUUUCCUGGGAGCCGUGUACCAGCCUUUUUCUGCGCCUUGUAAUAUCACACUGUUAGAACUGAACAACAUCAAGAUAGACAGCUGGACGCAUUGUAGCUAUGAGACGUCAAAAUGCUAUAAGGGUCUGCGUGUUCAUCAUAUCUCCAGGGAGCGUGUCUACCAGGUGGAUGAUGAGUCCAUCGCAAUGUCCUCAACUAAUAUGAACUAUACGGUGAAGUCUGUUUUGUUUUCUCAACACCUGGACCAUGUGGAGAAAAUUGGAGACGUCAACUUUGAUGUUCUCAGUGACAGUAUAGUUUUGGCUUUUCCCGUCUUGGAUUUGUUCAUCAGGCGUGAUAGUAAUACUGAGAUCUUUAUAACUGUUGGAUUUGACUCUCCGCUAAUUCAUGACAAGUACAUUGGUGGAGCAUGUCAAAAAUUAAGACCAGAUAAACAGACUGAACAGAAGCUCAACAAUCUGAUGAAAGUCUACAGCAACCAGCUUGACGUACAGCCAAAUUGGAGCGAGACAUCAAGGCCAUGUAGGACUAGCUACGAACUGGAAAAGGCCAGGUCAGCUUGUUACCUGUUAACUACAGACGUUUUCAGACCGUGUCAUGACAAGGUCGAUGUCAAACCUUAUAUCAAGUACUGCAUGGACACAUUUUGUUUAAUGCCAGUGUCCUCAAAGAAUGCCACGAGAUGUCAAGCAAUGGCAGCUUAUGUCAGCGCUUGUCUGAUGGAGAAUAUAGUUCUUUCGUGGAGAGUGAAGGCUGGGUGUGAUAUGAAGUGCCCUGCCAAUAUGGUCUACAGUGACUGCGGACCUUCCCAGCGUCCAGCUUGCGGUCGAACACAGCCCCCCGCAGGUUUUCAUGGGCAACAAGCUACCUGUAUUUCCGGGUGUCAUUGUCCCGACGGUCUACUGUAUUAUAACAAGAGCUGCGUUACGCCGUCCGAGUGCCCGUGUUCCCAACACGGCAGGUACUACAAACCCAACGAACAAAUCCAACUCCUGGAUGCAUGCCAAGUUUGCACUUGUGCAGCAAGUGGUUUAUGGACCUGCGUUAAAUCCAACAACUGUUAUGCCUCCUGCUCUGUGUACGGGCCUGGCAUCUUGACGACCUUUGACCGCCAGGAUUUUUUUCUGUCCUCAGACGAUACAACUUGUCUUUUUACUUUAGUAGCGCACCAAAAAAAUGAUUUACAGAUAAACAUGAUUUCUCAGAAGUCCCCACUGACUCCAUCUACUCUAACACCUCUUGGUGUUGAACUCAAAGGGGACAAGGUCCACUUUGUGGUCAUCUUCCAUAACUUCACUUUUUAUGAGGUGCUGGACCUUAAGAGCAAUAGCAGCGUCAGGCUUCCUUAUACGAACGAGUUUGUUUAUAUUCGAACCCCCACGUCAUCCAGUAUCGCAAUAGACGCUUUUGAGUUUCGAAUUCUUCUGUUCAAUCUGAACUACUUGGUGGUCGCGACCUGGGAGUCAUUCUAUGAAGCAGGCUCGCUCCGGGGUCUGUGCGGAAACAUGAACAGACAAAUUCAUGAUGACAGGUUAUUGCCCUCUGGGAUUGAUGCAGAAUCGGAUGACAAGUAUAUAGGAGCUUAUUCUACGGACUCUUGUGGUCGAUCUGGCUUUAGAAGUAUUGACGACUCAGUCGGUGGACAACAGAAGUUCGCAGGUUUGAGUGACAUUUUAGAAAACAUUUAUAUUCCGAUCAGUAACCUGGACAGGGUAGCGCUGGUCAGUCAGGAAUGGUCAGUAGUUCAGUCCACUCUUCUGAAAAUUUCCCACUCGCUACAAAUACCAUUUUCCUUUCUAACUGGACACUUGAAGAAACACACCACGCUACCAGACCUUCUUCCAGAAAUGCAAACGUGUCAAGGUGACCUAGAUUACAAUGACCACAACCCAGUCUGGCUAUCCCAUUGCCUCGACCCCCAGCUGUCCGUCAGGAUGUUCACGGAUAAAACUGUACCAGGAUGUUCUUGCCCACAUGGUCAUCUGCUGACCCAUGAAGGACGUUGCGUAAGAAGGAAAGACUGCCCAUGUUUUGAAGUCCAGUCUAAGGCCUAUGUCAAGCCAGGUUCUUUCCAAAAAGAUUACUGCAUACGUUGCCAAUGUGAUGAUGCUCUAAUAAGUUGUCAAGACAAGUGUGCUGAAAUCGUCUGCCCGAAAAACCAAGUGGCGUACACAAAAAUCAAACGUCAAAACGAUAUGUGUGCCAGGUACAAGUGUCCCGACAAAUUUAAUACUAUAAUGACUUGUGCAGACGAUAUAAGGGACUGCGUUUGCCAGGAUGGAUUUGCUGAGACUUUAGAUGGUCAGUGUACCCGAAUCGGCACUUGCCCGUGCUUCUAUAAUGACAUCUGGUAUCCGAACAACUCUGAGAUAACAAUCCAGUUUGACAUAGUGAAGUGUGACAAUAGCGUGUGGCGGAAAAUAAAAAGAAUUGACUUUCAUGCCUCCUGUUAUUUGUCUGGCACAUCAAUGACAGUGGUGACGUUUGACGGAAGUGUGUUCCGUUUUCCGGGACGUUGUUCUUACACACUCAUCAAAUCGAACACACCGGAAGUGAAGGUCAGCAUAAAAAACCUGGCGUGUGGAUCCUCAGGGAUCGCCUGUUCCCAUAAGAUUGAUAUCCAUGUCGGAGACACUCAUGUCCAGCUGAUUAAAGGGAUCGAGGGGAUCAUCACAGGCAACACUGUUCUGGCCUUAAAUGACUCUCUGAGACUCGGAGAUGUCCACAUUUUCUCGUCGACUCUUCACACAGUGGUCAGUUUCCAGGAGAUAGCCUUAUACUGGUCUGGAGCCCUGUUAACCAAAAUUCAAGUCUCAGAUAAAUGGCUCAAUAAGCUGGAGGGUCUGUGUGGGACUUAUGACUUUGACUCGAAAAACGACUUUCUGAAAUCUGAUCACAGUCUCGGCAGCGAUGCUAUUGAAUUUGGAAUGUCUUGGAAGGAAGAAGGCGCCAUCUGCUCCGACUCUGAUUAUGACAUCACCACGCCGUCUUGUGAGAAACAUCCUCAUCGCUCAGCUUGGGCCAAAGAACUGUGUAGUGUCAUCGCGACCUCCGAGACGUUCCAGGGCUGUAGGCAGACGAUGCCAGAGUCUAACAUCAAAAGAUAUGUCAGUGACUGCGAGGAGAACGCCUGCACGUGUGACAAGGGCGGAGACUGUGAAUGUCUGUGUGACUCCAUCGCUCACUUUGCCUCAACAUGCUCAGAUUUAGGCUUCCCAAGUCAUUGGAGAUCUCAGCAUCUGUGUCCUGUACAGUGCGAAGGAGGAAUGGUGUACCAGGCCAAAGGUGCGCCUUGUCACAUGACCUGCUAUGAUAUUUCAAACAAUGCGUCCUCGAAUUGUCUAACACAUGUCCAAGUAGAAGGAUGCUUCUGUCCUACUGGUCAGGUUUUACAUGAGUCAAACUGUAUCUCUCCAAAUGAAUGCCCUUGCUAUCACAACGCGCGAUGGUAUGAUGCUGACUCUGUGAACAUUGUUGACUGCAUGAAUUGUGUCUGCCAAGGAGGAGUAUUGCUUUGUACUGGCGAGAACUGUACCAAGUGUCACAUCGAUCAGUUUGAAUGUCUUGAGAGUCAUAGAUGCAUUUCAAACAGCAGCGUUUGUGAUGAAGUCCAAGAUUGCGAAGAUGGAUCAGAUGAGUCUUCAGAUGAAUGUUUAGAGCUGGAUACUACAGUUCAUGAAGAAGUUACAGAAAUCACAACAGUUUCUGAAGAAGUUACAGAAACAUUUCCACCAGAAAUCACAACAGUUUUUGAUGAAGCUACAGAAACAUUUGGGCCAGAAAUCACAACAUUUUCCGAUAAUGUUACAGAAACAUUUGGGCCAGAAAUCACAACAGUUUCUGAAGCAGUUACAGAAACAUUUGCGCCAGAAAUCACAACAGUUUUUGAAGAAGGAACAGAAACAUUUGCGCCAGAAAUCACAACAGUUUCUGAAGACGUUACAGAAACAAUUGCACCAGAAAUCACAACAGUUUCUAAAAAAGUUACAGAAACAUUUGUGCCAAACAUUUCUACAGUUUCUGAAAAAGUUACGGAAACAAUAGUACCAGAAAUAAAUACAGAAAUUACUGUAAGUACAACCACUACUAUGAUGAAAGAAACAGCAAAGGAAGAACUUACAACCGCUGCUAAAACCAUAGAAACAACCACAGAGGAAGAACUUACAACCCCUGCUAAGACCAUAGAAACAACAACAGAGGAAGAAUUUACUACAACUGCUAAGACCAAAGAAACAACAGAGGAAGAACUUACAACCCCUGCUAAGACCAUAGAAACAACAACAGAGGAAGAACUUACAACCCCUGCUAAGACCAUAGAAACAACAACAGAGGAAGAAUUUACUACCACUGCUAAGACCAAAGAAACAACAGAGGAAGAACUUACAACCCCUGCUAAGACCAUAGAAACAACGACAGAGGAAGAAUUUACAACCCCUGCUAAGACCAUAGAAACAACAACAGAGGAAGAAUUUACAACCCCUGCUAAGACCAUAGAAACAACAACAGAGGAAGAACUUACAACCACUGCUAAGACCAUAGAAACAACAACAGAGGAAGAACUUACAACCACUGCUAAGACCAAAGAAACAACGACAGAGGAAGAAUUUACUACCACUGCUGAGACCAAAGAAACAACAGAGGAAGAACUUACAACCCCUGCUAAGACCAUAGAAACAACAACAGAGGAAGAACUUACAACCACUGCUAAGACCAUAGAAACAACAACAGAGGAAGAACUUACAACCACUGCUAUGAUGAAAGAAACAACAAAGGAAGAACUUACAACCACUGCUAAGACCAUAGAAACAACAACAGAGGAAGAACUUACAACCACUGCUAAGACCAUAGAAACAACAACAGAGGAAGAACUUACAACCACUGCUAAGACCAUAGAAACAACAACAGAGGAAGAACUUACAACCACUGCUAAGACCAAAGAAGCAACAACAGAGGAAGAACUUACAACCACUGCUAAGACCAUAGAAACAACAACAGAGGAAGAACUUACAACCACUGCUAAGACCAAAGAAACAACAGAGGAAGAACUUACAACCCCUGCUAAGACCAUAGAAACAACGACAGAGGAAGAAUUUACAACCCCUGCUAAGACCAUAGAAACAACAACAGAGGAAGAACUUACAACCACUGCUAAGACCAAAGAAACAACGACAGAGGAAGAAUUUACUACCACUGCUGAGACCAAAGAAACAACAGAGGAAGAACUUACAACCCCUGCUAAGACCAUAGAAACAACAACAGAGGAAGAACUUACAACCACUGCUAAGACCAUAGAAACAACAACAGAGGAAGAACUUACAACCACUGCUAUGAUGAAAGAAACAACAGAGGAAGAACUUACAACCACUGCUAAGACCAUAGAAACAACAACAGAGGAAGAACUUACAACCGCUGCUAAGACCAAAGAAACAACAACAGAGGAAGAACUUACAACCACUGCUAAGACCAUAGAAACAACAACAGAGGAAGAACUUACAACCACUGCUAAGACCAAAGAAACAACAACAGAGGAAGAACUUACAACCCCUGCUAAGACCAAAGAAACAACAACAGAGGAAGAAUUUACAACCCCUGCUAAGACCAUAGAAACAACAACAGAGGAAGAAUUUACUACCACUGCUAAGACCAAAGAAUCAACAGAGGAAGAACUUACAACCCCUGCUAAGACCAUAGAAACAACGACAGAGGAAGAAUUUACAACCCCUGCUAAGACCAUAGAAACAACAACAAAGGAAGAACUUACAACCACUGCUAAGACCAUAGAAACAACAACAGAGGAAGAACUUACAACCACUGCUAAGACCAAAGAAACAACAACAGAGGAAGAACUUACAACCCCUGCUAAGACCAAAGAAACAACAACAAAGGAAGAACUUACAACCACUGCUAAGAUCAUAGAAACAACAACAGAGGAAGAACUUACAACCGCUGCUAAGACCAAAGAAACAACAACAGAGGAAGAACUUACAACCACUGCUAAGACCAUAGAAACAACAACAAAGGAAGAACUUACAACCACUGCUAAGACCAUAGAAACAACAACAGAGGAAGAACUUACAACCACUGCUAAGACCAUAGAAACAACAACAGAGGAAGAACUUACAACCACUGCUAAGACCAUAGAAACAACAACAGAGGAAGAACUUACAACCACUGCUAAGACCAAAGAAACAACAAAGGAAGAACUUACAACCACUGCUAAGACCAUAGAAACAACAACAGAGGAAGAACUUACAACCACUGCUAAGGCCAAAGAAACAACAAAGGAAGAACUUGCAACCACUGCUAAGACCAUAGAAACAACAACAGAGGAAGAACUUACAACCACUGCUAAGGCCAAAGAAACAACAAAGGAAGAAUUUACAACCACUGCUAUGACCAAAGAAACAACAGAAAAAGAAUUUACAACUGCAGCUAAGACCAUAGAAACAACAGAGGAAGAAAUUACAACCACUGAAAAGACUACUAAAACAACACCACAGCGAGUAUUAACUACCACUGAAAAGACUGUUGAAACAACACCAGAGAAAUUAUUAACUACCACUGAAAAGACUAUUCAGACCACACUAGAAUACUCUAUCACAGAAUUGAGUAAAGAAACAACUCUUUCCCGAGAAACGACUACAAAGGCACAGUAUACUUCGCUUGAAAUGCCAGGAAGCACUACAAAUGCAAAGUAUAUCAACGAUACUUCAACAACAACAAAGCUGACACAAUAUACCACGACCUCGUCUGGCUCUGCAGCACUCGCCUUGACAUUGUCACGUCAACUAGCAUGUCUUUGUCAUCAAGGUCAGUGCGUUCAGGGGGACGCCUGUAAAUGCGUGAACGAAACAGGACAACACAGACCCAUCAAUGCCACAUACUUUGAUUCAAACACCUGCCAGAUUUGCCAAUGCACUAGGAAUGCAACUGAAUGUCGCAACCUGACUUUGAUGUCAACUGUGCCAAAUGACCUGCAAUCACUAUUUUCUACUGAGCAAUGGUCCAGUUGGUCAGACUGUUCUGUACUGCGUGGUUUAGGAACAAGUUCAAGAUACAGAUUCAAAUUCAAUGAAACCUGCAAGUUUCGGGUUAAUGAGACACGAGAAUGCCUAGCAACAAGCAAGCACUGCAUCACAUCUAAUAACUUACUUGUUGCAGACGGUGAAAGUAGAGACAUGGGUAAUUGUCAGAUGUGUACCUGUCACAAUGGCGAGUUGACCUGUGGUGAAAACAUUCAUGCUGUACCAGAAAACGAAAUCUGGAACCAGUGGAGUCCGUGGAGUCACUGCACAGAGAACUGUAACUCAUACUAUCAAAUCCGAUGUCGAACGUGCAAAAUACCUGUAUGUUUAAAUGUGACAUGUUCCAAACCGCAAUGUGAAAAAAGAGGCUGUGGAGAAAAACCUUGUUGUCAACUGUUCCAAUGGAGCCCUUGGUCUGACUGCGAUGUUUCCUGCAAAAAUAACUCUAGAGAUGUUCGUCUGCGCUACCGACAGUAUUUUGACUCUGUUGCAUCACGCGACUGUAAAAGAUUUGAGGAGAAGAAAUCGUGCCAAUCCUGUAAAUGUCAUGAAACCAUUGGUCAGUGGUCAAGCUGGACUCGUUGCUCGGCCAAGAAAUGUGGCUGGGGUAAAAGAAGUCGAUAUCGCCAUAUUCCUGCCAGUUGUCCAGAGUUAACAAGGACACAAACUCAAGAUUGCUUCUUGAAAAAUUGUGACUGUAAGGAAGGUUUUGUUUGGAGGAACCACUCCAGCUGCCAAAGACAGUGUCAUUUAGAGCCCUCGCGCAACUGUCAUCAGAAAUUGUCUGGUGGGUGCGUCUGCCCAAGCCAUCUUGUAUUUAAUGGGUCUCAUUGCAUUCCUUCAGAACAUUGCUCACUUGACUGCGUUUAUAACAAUAAGACUUAUAAGUCUUAUGAAAUGUUUCCUUGUGGCAAGUGCCGAAAUUGUCUUUGCUAUGAGGGUCAGGUGAUCCAAAUAGUCAAACCGUGUAUCAAGGCUACAGAUUGUAAUUUGGCUACUCAUGAUUUAAUUCCCUCUAAUGACGGAUGCUGUGAAGCUGAUUGUGUUGCCAAAGAAAAGUGUGGAUUGGUAACAUUUCCACCGCAGCACAUUGACUAUAAAACAUGCAGUUCGGUUACUAUGCUUCCCCGACAAACGUGUUAUGGAUUGUGUGAGCGUGAGCGAGGAAACAUGUCAGUGGAUUAUGAUCAAAUGAAAAUUGUUCAGCAGCAGUGCUCUUGUUGUGCAGUUAAGAGGAGUUUCUUACUUCCAGUAAAAUUUCAGUGUGAAGAUGAAUAUGAAUUUACUCAAAAUGUACCAAUAAUCGAUUCCUGUCAUUGCUUUUCUUGUUCAAAUGAGUAUCAAUUAGUUACGAGAUAAUUAUUUGGGAAAUAUCAUCUAUAAUUAAUUGUUAUUAAGUUGAAGUCUUAGUCUCUGAGCUUUUGAAAAGGCAAAAAAAAUAGAUUAAGGGGUUCAUUUUAAGUUAAAAUUCUAAGAAAAAAAUGGUUGACUUUCUUGAUUUUUAAAAUACAGUUCUAUAUUAUUUAUACCUCAUGCUGUAUUCUUGUCGUGACUCAAUUUACUGUCCUUUGGAUAAACAUUAAAAAGUUUGGUCUACAGUG